AUGACCAUAUCUUUGAUCUGGGGGAUUGUGGUAGCAGUGUGCUGUUGUGUGUGGCUUAUUCUUGGAAUGAGGAGAAGACAGAUGGGUGAACCACCUCUGGAGAAUGGGUUGAUUCCGUACCUGGGAUGUGCUCUGCAAUUUGGGGCGAAUCCUCUUGAGUUCCUGAGAGCAAUUCAAAAGAAACAUGGUCCUGUUUUCACCUGCAGAUUGAUGGGAAACUAUGUCCACUUUCUCACGAAUCCCUUGUCAUACCAGAAAGUGUUGUGCCAUGGAAAAUACUUGGAUUGGAAAAAGUUCCACUUCACUACUUCUGCAAAGGUAUUUGGGCACAGAAGCAUUGACCCAAGUGACGGAAAUACCACUGAAAACAUAAACAAAACUUUCAUCAAAACCCUGCAGGGCGAUGCCUUGAAUUCCCUCACAGAAGCCAUGAUGGAGAACCUCCAACUUGUCAUGAGACGUCCACUGGUAGCUAAAUCAAACACGCCUGCCUGGGUGACAGAAGGGAUGUAUUCCUUCUGCUACCGAGUGAUGUUUGAAGCUGGGUAUUUAACCCUCUUUGGCAAAGAUCUUACAGGGCAAGAUGCACAAAAAGCACUUAUGCUAAAUAACCUUGACCACUUCAAGCAGUUUGACAAAAUCUUUCCGGCUCUGGUAGCAGGCCUCCCCAUUCAUGUGUUCAAGACCGCGCACCAUGCUCGGGAAAAACUGGCAGAGGGCUUGCGACACGAGAACCUCGGAAAGAGAGACCACAUCUCAGAACUGGUCAAGUUUCUGAAUGAUAUGCUUUACACCUUAGAUGACAUGGAGAAGGCCAAGACACACCUGGCUGUCCUCUGGGCAUCACAAGCAAACACCAUUCCGGCGACUUUCUGGAGCUUAUUUCAAAUGAUUAGGAGCCCUGAAGCACUGAAAGCAGCCACUGAAGAAGUGAAAAGGACCCUAGAGAAUGCUGGCCAAAAAAUCAGCUUUGAAGGCAGUCCUAUUUGUCUGAAUCAAAGGCAACUGAAUGAGACGCCAGUGCUAGAUAGUAUCAUCAAGGAGUCUCUGAGGCUUUCCAGUGCCUCCCUGAACAUCCGGACGGCUAAAGAGGAUUUCACUUUGCACCUCCAGGACGGUUCCUAUAACAUCCGCAAAGAUGACAUCAUAGCUCUUUAUCCGCAGUUGAUGCAUUUAGAUCCAGAAAUCUACCCAGACCCUUUGACUUUUAAAUACGAUCGAUAUCUUGAUGAAAAUGGGAAGACGAAGACCACCUUCUACAGCAACGGAAUCAAGCUGAAGUAUUACUACAUGCCCUUUGGGUCAGGAGCGACCAUAUGUCCGGGAAGACUAUUUGCUGUGCAGGAAAUCAAACAGUUUUUGAUUCUGAUGCUUUCCUAUUUUGAACUAGAGCUUGUGGACAGUCAUGUUAAAUGUCCCCCUCUGGACCAGUCCCGCGCAGGCUUGGGCGUUUUGCCGCCACUAAAUGAUAUCGAGUUUAAGUAUAAAUUCAAACAUUUGUGA